AUGUCUAAUUAACAUACUUAAUCAUACAACUCCUCCAUCAUAUAUACACCAAUUCCAUUGAAGCUAUCAUUGAGUGCCUCUAGUUCCAGUUGGUAAAGUUCAAAUUCUAGCAUCCUUGAAGAAAGUACUUAACAGCAAGCAUCUUCAUUAACACAUUCCCGAAGUCCAAGAAAAUAUUUACUUACAAAAUUUGAAUAAGAAAAUCAAGAAAGACCUGAAAACCCUAUGACAAGAGAUGAGAAAUUUAAAGAACUUCAAACCCUAUUCUUAAAUUUCGAUCCUGAAUCAUAUAUUACAGAGGUUGAACUGUUUGAUUGA